AAUCUAACGGUGGAGCUGUGUUAACGUAUUUUCAAAAAAACGGUAAAUGGUUGAAAAAGUGAUAAAUAAGUGUAAUAGAUAAGACUGAUAAGAACAAAUUAGUGGUACAAAUUGAUAAGACAAAGAAAAAAAAAAGAAAUAUAAUUUUCAAAAUACAAUACCAAAAAAAGGAAAUUACAUUGAAAUAAAAAUAUAUUAAAUACUAAAGUGAUGAUGUCAUAAUUAAAAUUUUCCGUUAAAAAUAAUAAUUAAUUUAGUUUUCUUUUUCUUUUUUAAAUUUUUAGUGAAAAAGUUAACUACAGCUUAAAGAAAUUUUUCAAAUAAAAAAAAAAAACGAACAAAAUUAUUUACGAAUAAAACGAAUUAUACAAAGAAAUAUACGAUUAAAUUUUAAGUUAAAAAAAUGCGUUUUAAACUAUUUUUAGCCAGUUUACUGGCUUGUGGCUUUAUAGCCUAUGUUAUUGCUAAUGAAAAUAUCUCGGCCGAAACUGAAAGUAUUGCAGCAUCUGCUAAAACAAAUAAAGAUAAAAAUACUAUUAAACAACAACAGAAUUUCGAUACAGUAUUGGAUAAAAAUGAAGCAGUCGAAAUGUUUGAGGUUAUACCAGAACCAACAAAACCAAAAAAGAAAACUAACAACAUACUGACGGCCAAUAAUAUAACUUUGCAACGUUCGGGAGCUUUGCAAAUGUUUGAUGACUAUUUGGGUGAAUUGGGUUAUGAAGUUACCGAUAAUGGUUAUAAUUGGAAUCCCAAUAAUAAUGUCGCUCCACCCACCAUGCCCUCCCAUUCGUUGACAAAUGGUUAUGUCAUAACACCACAACGUUUGGCUGAAAUACGCUCUUAUUUCAUGUACUGGUACUUCGAUAAGGAUUUAUAUGGUGGACGUGGUGAUUAUCAAUUUGAUAUACAUGCUUCCACAACACAAGUUAACAAGAAUUUAAAUUUCCAAUUGCCUUUCUUUGGUUUCCGUUUUAACUACACCAGGGUUUCUCUUAAUGGUUAUUUGGAAUUCUCGGACCCUCCCGAGUACUUUACAUAUCCUUUGGUAUUUCCUGUCAAAGAUUGGCCCAAGAAAAAUGAUCCCUCUUUUAUUGGCAUUUUCUUCUCUAAAUGUCGUGUUGGUCGUAUUUAUGCCACCGAUAUUGAUCAACGUACACCAGGUGUUUAUUUCCGUAUUUUAUGGUCGAAACCCAUACCAUUGGCUUGGUAUUUCAAACCGCAAUGGGAGCGUAAAUUUGGUUAUAAAUGGCCCAGAGCAUUGUGCGAUAAUUGGAUACGUACCGAUAGAUAUCUUAGAAAUUUUGCUGCUGACUUACCUUUGUGUCCUUGUACCAUGGAACAGGCUAUUUAUGACAAGGGUCGUUACAGGCCAGAUCGUGAAUGUGACAAAGAUUCCAAUCCAACUUGUCUACGUCAUAAAGGAGCCAUACAUUGUGUUGUUAGUGGUACACCCACUGCCCAAGGUGCUGAACAACAAUGCUGCUAUGAUCGUUAUGGUUUCCUUAUGUUAACCUAUGAUCAAAUGUGGGGUUCUCGUCCUAGGCGUAUUCAUAAUUUGGGUAAAAUGCCUUGGAAUGAAGCUAGUAAAGUGCCUACUUUGUCUACAUGGUUCCAUGAUAUGCGACCUUUCUACACCUGUUGUAUGUGGCAACAUGAACAGGCUGUGGGUUGUGAAACCUAUCGCUUUGAACGUCGUCCUUCUCAGGAUUGUGUCGCCUAUCAGGCUCCUGGUGUAGCUGGUGUUUUUGGUGAUCCUCAUUUUAUAACAUUCGAUGGUACACAAUAUACUUUUAAUGGUUUGGGAGAAUUUGUUUUAUCGCGUAGUGUAGAUGCCGAUCAACGUUUUGAGGUGCAAGGACGUUUUGAGCAAAUGCCAAAUAAUAUGUAUGGAGCUGUGCCGGCCACUCAAUUGACUGCUCUGGCUAUGCGCGGUAAUACUACCACCACGAUUGAGGUACGUAUACGUCCUCAACAUGCCCGCUGGCGUUAUAGAAUGGAUGUAUUGGCCGAUGGUCGUCGGGUAUAUUUUGAUCGUGAAAGUUUAAAAUUCCAACAUUUUGAUGGUGUUACCGUAUACACGCCCACUUAUUUGCUCAAUCAGUCUCAGGUUAUUGUAAUGUUUGAUUCCGGUAUUGGCGUAGAAGUAAUCGAAAAUGAUGGUUAUAUGACGGGUAGAGUGUAUUUGCCCUGGCAGUUUAUAAAUAAAACCGCUGGUCUGUUUGGUAAUUGGAGUUUUAAUCCCUUAGAUGAUUUCACUUUACCCAAUGGCCAAGUAUUAAACUUAAAUCCUAAUGAUAAAGACUUUAAGCUUAUACAUAAUCAAUGGGCGAUGAAAUGGGCUUUAGCUGAUCGUGAUUUACCUGGCUUGGGUGCUGCUCUCUUUACACGAGAAUUUGGACGUACUGCUAGUUAUUAUUCAAAUGCAUCAUUUGUUCCGAACUAUAAACGAGAGCCACAAGAUUUCCUACCCUCGAAUCGUUCGUAUGAUAUAGAAAGAGCUGAAGAGCUGUGUGGUGAAAGUUAUCAGUGUCGCUAUGAUUAUGGCAUGACGUUAAAUCGAGAUUUAGCUCAUUUCACCAAGAAUUACUAUGACAGUUUGGUGAACAUAAGAGCCUUGAAUUCAGAACGUGUGGUGUCGUGCGGAGUUCUAGAAACGCCACGUUUCGGUCGUAAAUUAUCAUUCAAUUUUAUGCCUGGCGCCAAAGUGUCCUUUGAGUGUAAUGAAGGUUUCGUUUUGAUUGGUGAUCAAAGACGUGAAUGUUUAUCGAAUGGUUUAUGGAAUUUGCCCGAAUACGGUUAUACCGAAUGUUUACGUGAGGUUUUCUAUACCAGACGUGUAGCUUUUAUAGCAAUUGGCAUUAUCUUGGCUGUUAUUCUACCGCUUAUGUUGUGCAUCGUUUGUGGUGUGUAUCGCUAUCGCCAGAAGCAGCUGAAGGAAGAUCCACAAUGGCAGAUGACUUUGCCUCGCUCGAGAGCCUCUUCACGCACCAAUUUGCGAACUUUGGGCACAGGAUUGGAUGAUGAUAGCGAUACGGAUAAUACUGGAACUUUAAAGAAAACUAAAAAAUGGGAUCUGGAUGACGAGGAUGUGACAUCAUCAGAAGGUGAGAAACCCAAACAAAUGGGAAGACGUUCGCUGCGUGCUGCCUCUGGAACGGAUUUGGAUAAAAUGGGGGCCGGUUCGCCGGUAGAUGAACAUGAUGAACAUGGCCAGGAAGCCGAGGAACAUGAAGGCGUGGGCAAUAUACACCCAGCCGGUUAUCAUCAACCACCCUCACCGGAAGUAGAUGAUCACGAUGUGCAUGGUGUGCCUAUGGCUCAGACCCAGCCUCAACAACAAUAUAGUCCUACUUUUAGUGGUGCCGACAGUCGCAAUAGUGGUGAAAGUUCCAUGAGCUAUAUGCCUAAUGGUCCCGCUCAAACACGUUAUGGCGGUGUGCCUGUUUUGCCCAAUGCCAACAGUCAAUUCUUUAGUCGACCUCCUUCCUCUAUGCCAGCAGUCGGUACUCCAAUACGUCCGGCCCCUAUUGUAGGUUCUCCUUUAAUGCAAGAUAAUGGUUUGCCUUCACCACCUCAUGCAGCCUCACCUACACCAUCAAAUCAAAAAUCCACUGAAGUCUAAAUUACAUAACUCGACUAUUUAAAACAAUUUUAACUGUUCUAACUAAAACAUACAAUCGCCACCAUAUAAAACAUAAACUAACAAAAUAAAACAUCUUCAAAGCGCCGCAAAUUUUGUUCAAAGACUCUCAUUACCGCAAAAUAAUCCAAAAUAAACUAAAUUCGCAUUUCAAAAAAUAAUUAGCUAAAAAGUUCAAAUUUUUUAUUAAUCUUUUAAUGCUUUUUUAACCAUUAUUAUCUAAGUCCGCCAAACGGGUUGGUUUUAUGCAAUUUCUUAAGGGAUCUGGAGAAAUCGGCUCUUAUUAAAAUUACUUAACCAACUUACCUAUAAUCAUAAUUGUUGUAACUAAACAUUUGUUUGAUUCAUAUAUAUGUAUGUAAAUAUAUAUUUAGACAUUUUGUUUUACCCAUUAAGCCAUGACAUCCAUCAAUUAAGACAAUAGAAUCUAAUAAUCCGCCCAAAUAAACAAACCCACUUAACACACAAACAAACCAUAACAAUUGCAUUAAUGAAGAAAUAUUUGUAAUUUUUUCUCCCUUUUUACUGGCUUUCAUUCAGAGCAUCUAAUAUGUUUAAUAAAUGUUUUUUCUAUUAUUAUUGCUUUAAUAAGUAUUUAUGUAAAUAUAUUGAUUUUAUUUUUCUGGUAUUAAUAAAAUUAACAAUUUAA